CAACUCGGCGCCCGCGGUCCAUGGACCGGAACCCCGGGCCGACGGGCAGGAACCCGGGCCGCGAUUGCCGCCUCCCCGCCCCAGGCUCCUCCUCCUCGCUCUCCACCGCCUCCUCCGGACGCCCGCAGGACGCGCACCGCCGCCUCCGGGCUCGCGGAGCCACCCCGAGAGGUUGGGCAGCGGGUUCGCGGCUGCCGCCGGACUGAGGCCUACUCCGCCGCCUCUCAGUGCUAUUGUCCCUGGGCCCGGCCCUGACCAGGUCCACUGGGGAGGGCCGAGUGCGCCGGCUCCGCCGAAGAUGCCGGACCAAGCCCUACAGCAGAUGCUAGACAGAAGUUGCUGGGUGUGUUUUGCCACUGAUGAAGAUGAUAGACAGCUGAAUGGGUGAGACCAUGCAGGUGCAGAGGAUCUACAAAAUGGGUUCACAGGCUGUCUACAGCGUUGGGUAGAUGAAAAACAAAGAGGAAACAGUACAGCCAGAGUGGCAUGUCCUCAAUGCAAUGCUGAAUACUUAAUAGUUUUUCCAAAGUUGGGCACUGUACAAAACGAGUUAAACAGACUUGGCCCCUGCCCCCUGGGAGUUUUCAAUCUAUGAUGAUGCUGACAUGGACAGACAUAAGGAUAUUGAGACAACUGAACAAACAUUGAACAAGAACAUAAAGUACUAACAUUAUGUACAAGCAAAGGGGUCCAGUUGUUUACGUCUUGGAUCUUGCAGAUAGACUGAUCUCAAAAGCUUGUCCAUUUGCUGCAGCGGGAAUAAUGGUUGGCUCUAUCUAUUGGACAGCUGUGACUUAUGGAGCAGUGACAGUGAUGCAGGUUGUAGGCCAUAAAGAAGGUCUGGAUGUUAUGGAAAGAGCUGAUCCUUUAUUCCUUUUAAUUGGACUUCCUACUAUUCCUGUCAUGCUGAUAUUAGGCAAGAUGAUUCGCUGGGAAGACUACGUGCUUAGACUAUGGCGCAAAUACUCAAAUAAACUACAAAUUUUGAACAGUAUAUUUCCAGGGAUUGGUUGUCCUGUUCCUCGAAUUCCAGCUGAGGCUAAUCCUUUAGCAGAUCACGUCUCUGCUACCCGAAUUUUGUGUGGAGCCCUUGUCUUUCCUACUAUUGCAACAAUAGUUGGUAAACUGAUGUUCAGUAGUGUUAACUCUAAUUUACAAAGGACAAUCUUGGGUGGAAUUGCUUUUGUUGCCAUAAAAGGAGCAUUCAAGGUUUACUUCAAACAACAGCAAUAUUUACGUCAGGCACACCGCAAAAUUCUAAAUUAUCCAGAGCAAGAAGAAGCAUAAAACUGUGACUUCUAGUUGUUUUGCAGUCCUAUCAUCCUUAUGAGUCUGUUGUGUUGUUGAUUCCAUCAUUAAUGCACCGUAGUGGAGACUUAUGAUAAGCUGCUGCUCAUAUUUUUAAGAAAUAGAAUAAAGCACUUAGGGCAGGGGAAAUCCUCUCAGUAAUCAUGGAACCUAAGGUUGUGAUUUGUUUUCAUUGUUUUGUAUGUACUUCUUUUAUGGCAGUCAUCUGAACCAUUAUCUUAGCAUGGUAGGCCUGGGUUUUGUUCAUAUUUUCUCCAGACAGAAAUGUAAAGAUCAAACUGUGCAAAUAUUUAAAAAUGCACAUGCUGUUUUAUUCAAAUGCCUCUUUUGUACAUGUUCAUGUUCAGUGUUUUCUUAGAAUCAGCAACUCAAUGAAGGUACUAUGAGGAUUUUUCUCACUGGCAUAAUUUGAUUACAUGCUAAACAGGAAUAUAUGUUAAUAUGAGGAAAUGUAAAUUAGUUAUAAAAAAAUAACAAACCAAAAAUGUAUGUAAACAUUCAAAUGAUUAUCUGAACAAAUGCAAUUUUGUUGUGUUUUUCUUAACCCAUGUGACAUCCUCCAAAAUGUGUAGGGUAAAAAUUCACAGGGCUUCCAAAUCACUUUUUCACUAUUAAAUUUUAUUUAUAUAAUGUCGACAUCUCAUAGCUCAUAAUGUAAUUUUGACUCAUGUCUCAUGUAGUCGUGUGUGUGUGUGUGUGUGCGUGCGCACGCGUGCAUGCGUGUAAGAGAGAGAAAGGGAGAGAGUCGUCAGGUCCUUCAAUCACUGGAGUACAGUUUUUAAAUCCAUAUUUCUAGAAAUUAGAGCUGCCAGUUUAUAGUAGUUUGAGCACAGAGAACGGUUUGCAAAAAAAAAAUCAAUAAAGUUAUUUUACUCUUCUCUUUCAUUGAUUCAGUUAUUCAGGUAUUUGUUGAUCACCUCCUAUUUGCCCAGGCAUUGUACAAAGUGCUGUGGGAUACAGUGGUGAGCAAGACAGAUUUGGUUUCUGCUUUUAUGCAGUUUACCAUCUAGUUUCAACAGAUAGAAAACCAGCAGUGAGUAAACCAAGGCGAGGUUUACUUGAGCUCUUUGUUUUUAUAUCAGUCAGCAAGAAGAUCAUUAUGAAAACAAGUCUUGAGUAAAUAUUGAGGUUAUUGUUUUUUGGCUUAAGUCCAUUUAUUAAAUCCAAUACUAAUGUUUUUAGAUUUUAAUUGCUUGUCGUGUUGAUGAGGCUAGCACCUUAAUCACUGUUUAACUAGUUUUUAUGUUCAUUUUUAAAAAAGCAAUUAUUUAUUUUAAGCCAUUUUUAAUAGUGGCCCUUUUAAUGUUCAAUCUGAAUGGUCUUGCAGUUAUUUUCAUUAACUAAAAUUUUUAAAAGAUUGUUCCAAAAACCCUAUUUAUUUUCUUGUUCACAAUAUAUAAUGCAUGACAGUAAUAAACGUUUCCCUUACUGAUACAUGGCCACUCUCUUUAGGAGUGUAGCAAAUAUAGAUUGAGUUAUGUUAGAUUGCAAUAAUGUAUGUUAACUUUAGUAAUUUAAGACUGGUACCUUUCUAUAGUAUGAAUGUCUUAAUCCUGUCUUAUAAAGUUUAUGUGAAUGGCUGUUGAACAUUCAGAGUUGUAAUUAUUUUGGGAGGAAGGGAAUAUUUGACUGACAGUGAGCCUUAUUAAGAACACUGCUGCAGUUGUAAAGGGGAAAUAUAAAAUCUAUGAGUAUAUAUAAAAAUAACUUAGAUUAUAUUGCUGUAAUUAUAAAAUAUAUUGGCUUUUCUUUAAUUUUCAAUAUAAGAAGACAUAGUAGAUAUUUCCUGCAUAAUUUUGUUAUAUAGAACAGCUUUUAGGCAACCUUUAAUAAAAUUAUACAAGCACACUGUUCCCCAGUUACUACUUUCAUGCCGAAGAUGGGGGGGGGGGGGGGGAGUAGCUGCUUUUGCGUUUAUUGGCAUCAGGGUUCUUGAGGGCCAAGGAAACAACUCUAAUCCUUUGGGGGCAGCAGGGAGGGUUUUCUAGAGCUAUGGGGAGGGAAUUGCAAGUGCCUGGGGACCAGAGUGGCCUCUAGCCCUGGAAUUGAAGACUUUUAAAUCCCAAAAACCUUCGCUCAGAAAGUUCUGUGUACCAGUCUUCAGAAAGGUGGCUUGCACCACCAUGAACAAUAGAAGAGCAUGGGCUGACUAAAGUUAGAUGGACCUGGGUUCCAAUUCUGAUUCUGCUUUUAACAGCUGGAUGCAUACCUUGGCCAAGUGGCUUUCUCUCAGCUACGGUUUUCUUCAUCUCUGAAAUGCAAGUAAUACUUAUAUCUCAGAAGACCAUUUCUAGGAUUAACUGAGAAAUUAAAGGAUAGAGGCACUUUAGGCUCAAAAUAGCCCCUACAGAGCAGUAGCUGUUUCUUAAUUGUUAGUCUGUUCGUGCUCCAUGAAAAGGGAAAGGAAAGGUAAGAGGAUGGUGAUAGGGGACAGAUUAACGGGAUGUUAAUCUGGGAUGGGUGGAUAUAUUUUGUGUUUUCCUGUUUAAUUUUCACAUUGCUUUACUGUGUUAUUUCUAUAAACUUUAAUGUUUUAAACCUCUUUUAUAAAAUUCAGUGACAACUAGUAGAAUUCUUUUCUUUGCAGAAGUUAACUUAUCUCCAAAGUGGCCGAAAAUAUUGUUCCUCAUUACAUGAUUAUCAAAUGACUGUGAAGAAUAUAAAAUUAAACUUGGUGACUUAAUUAGUCACUGCCUUGCUAACUGUGCUGUAAUUUUUUUAAACGUCUUGUUUUUAAUAUAGCAGACUAUCUCAAUACUGGCUGGAUUAGGUUAAAUAAAGAAUUUUUAUGUUCUCUA